UUUCACCGAUAUGGGCAAAACAAGCGUCACUGAUUGGAUUUUCUCUUUUAAUUUUCUAGAUUUAAUAUCAAAGUGUUAUCGGAACAAAAAGGACGGAUAAUUAAUUUGGAUCAGUUCGAAAGUAUUAUAAUAAAAAUGUAAUGCUUGGAAUAGAGUGCACUUUUUUUAAAGAAAUGUUGAAAUAAGCCCUUUUGAACAGAAACAUUAAGAAAAGGGCAUUGAUAUUUUGUGUUUAUUCCAUUUCAGACAAGAACGGAUGCUAGGCAUAAGGUCAUUCGAAUUUUGGAUAUAUGAAUAUUUUUAUAACACAUUUCUAUCGAAUUUACAAAAUUUUUAUAUCAUGUGUUUUUUAUUUAUAAAUGCAAUGUAUUUUAUACUCUAAAUGUCUUCAACCAUAAAACGGAUUUUCUAUGACGCAGCAUGGCAUAUUUUCAGAACGAAAUACAAGUGAAAAAAUGAUGAUAUCUUUUUCUGUGAUAUAUUUGUAUGAAUAUGGACGACAAUACUGAAUUAAACAAAUUCGACAAUUUAAGGAAUGCUUAUUUUGUGAUAAAUGUCAUGUACACUGUAACGAUGGUGAUUGGAUUUUUUGGAAAUGUUUUAAUUGUUUCAACAAUUUUAAAAAAUAGAUAUCUACGAACUCCAAUGAACGUUACUCUCGUGAGCCUGGCGUUAUGUGAUAUUGUCGUCUGCGUGUUCGUACUUCCGGUCAGACUUUUCCUGUACAGUGGUACCUGGAGCGCCCCCUAUACGUUUGUACUCUGUCGAGUUGACGUCUUCCUUAAAUCUGUAUGUGAUUACGUGCAACCGUCUAUGCUUGUGGCAACAAGUUAUGAGAGAUACAAAUCUAUUGCCAAACCAUUCCAAAGUAAAGCAAAAAUGAAACGAACGGUUAUUGUAAUAACCGCCACUUGGGGCACGUGUAUUUUCUGCGGUGCAGUAAGCGCCAUUCAACUAAAAGAUGGUGCAACUAUUUUUCCGUGCAAUAAAGAUAUUAUUACAACUGUUAACUUGAGUUUAUCUGUGGUGAAUUAUAGAGAAGCUUAUGUAACAUUUCCUUUGGGAUUUUCAUGUAUAAUUAUCGUGUGUAUAUUCUAUUAUUUAAUGAUAAGAACUUUACACGAACAUACAAAUAAAAUGAAAAAACAAUUUAAAGCAAAGCCAUUUAAAAAUAAAGUUCAUCCAGACUCUAAAAUAGACGAAACGGACACUAAAGUGCUUAACUUGGACGCCUUAACAAUUCAGCCGUUAGUUAUUGAAAAAACUGAAGUUGACAUGUCCAAUAACUCACGACAAACAUCCGGAACGAGUAUACGGACAUCUGAUAGCGUUAAAAAUGGCGUUGAUCCCGUGAACUUAAAUAUUGACUCUGAAAAGGACAAUCAAUUACUCCAUAUGAAAGAUUCAAUUUUGAAUGUUUCAGAGACAAUAACAGAGGCGAGUAACUCGGAAGAUCAAAAGGUUGAAGACUUGUCGCCAGAUGCUACCAUAAGACGAAUUUCUAUCAAAAAGACGAGGGAUAAUAUUUUGGUGCCUGCUAAUGAAAGAGGUGACAUGCGCAGAUUUUCUACAGUAGCAAAACACGUGGUUCUUCUCAAGUCCCAUAAGAGAAGAUCGUUAAAGAGUUUGCAAACUAGAAUAAUUAAAAUAUCCCGCAAUGCCUCAAGAAAAACAUCUAGAGUAAGUAACGAAAGCAAAACCUCUGAGCUUGAAUGUGAUAAUAGCGAGAACGAAAAUAAAACAUAUACUGAAAAGGAUAAAAACGAAACGAUAAAAACCACAGAAUUUGAUUCUGACAAUGCGGGUAUAGAAGCCGUCCGAACUUCAAACGAAAGUGAAAACGACACAGACACUAUUUCUGUCACAAAAACAGAUUACUUUGUUGCUGAAUCGGGAAAUCAAAGUUUAAUUGGUGGCCAGACAGUUCCCACCGGGGUUAUUGAUAAUUAUGCUCUGUCAGGUAACUUAAAUUUAUGCAAAAUGAGUAAUACCGAUGAAGACAACAACGAAACAGUUCUUCUUAACGACGGAGAAAUAAAAGAAAAUGAAAAUAAAAACGAACUUUCAGGGAACAGAAGCGGAACUGGCAGCAAAGAAAAAAAUGAACUUAACACAGAUCCACCGGAGGAAAAGAACAAAAUUAGUAAUAUUGAUGUUGUAGACUUUGAUGGUACUGUACAUAAAGACGUGAAAGUUGAAGGAGCAGUAGUAGGCGCUGUUUGUGUCAUGAACAAAACUAACAGACUUGAGGGUAGGCGCAAAGUUGAAAUGAGGGCGGCUAAAAGAAUAGCGGUGCUGAUGGGAUCAUUUGUACUGCUAUGGUUACCGCUCCCUCUAAUUGCUUUAUUUGUUUCGAGUAGAAGACAAAUAUCAACAAGUGAUAUAGAGGCCCUAAUAACCUCAGCUUCAAUCAGCGCAACGACGAUUGCAUUCAAUCCGAUACUGAAUUUAUUGCUAAAUAAACAAUUAAGAUCCGCUGCCCUUACGUUGCUUAGAAGAAUGGUCAAUACAAUAAAGAGUAUCAGGUUAUUAUAAAGGCAAUAAUACAUUCUUGUGAAGUGAACUAUAAAACUGACAAUUAUAAAAACACUGAAUUAUAGAAGCUCUGAUUAUAACACUGAGAAACUCUUUCGUAAAUUGUAUGGGUAUUUCGCUAUUUAGCCAAUAGACCAAAAGAUUUUACGAAGUAAUUUUUAUGUUGUUGUUUUAGUUUUUGAUUCCGCUUUACUGGAAAAAGAGUGAAUUUUCUUACAGAAUAAAUAUGGGAUUGUUGUUGUUGUCAAGGCAACAAUCGAAUUUUGAAAUAAUUUUAAAACGAUAAUGAUAUAAUGAUUUAAUGUUUUUCCUGUUCUUUUUUCUCUCAUUAAAGGCAAAACUGUUUUCUACCAUAUGUUCUGAAAAUUGUAUAGCGUGACAAAAGUUAGUUUUUGUCUUCU